CUACAAACAAUAGUGCAUUGUUCACAAGUGUUCAGCAAACUCACAGAUGCCUCAGUAGACUGUUGUAGACAACCAAGGAGAAGAAAGCAGAAAGAUGUUGCUCUUCAGACGAUUCCAUUUUAUAUGGAUCUUGAUCAUCUGCGAAUCUGUUUCAGGAAAUGGUGUGACAAAAGCAGUGAACAGUGAAACCACGUUCACUCUAGUGUCUGGAUCUGUAGUUCCUAGCACCACCAGCAUUAUCUGGAAACACAGAGACAAUGCUGGAGCUGUUGUGAAGGUCAUUGAAUGGGAUCGGGAGGAGGGCAGAACUCACAUUCCCAACCCCAACUUCCAAUCCCACGCAACUCUGGAUGAAACCACUGGAAAUCUGAAUUUAAAAUAUCUGCAGCUCAAACACAGCGGAGUUUAUACCGUCGACAUAAACAGCAAAGAGCAAAGAAAAAAAUUCACCCUAACUGUUGUGGAGCCUGUCAGCAAACCUUAUAUUACUAAAGAGUGCUUACCGGGAGAUGUUCCUGAAUGUUCCCUGAGCUGUGUGGGGGAAGCCCCUUCUGAAGGUUCAGUCAUUUGGAAAUACUGGGAUGGAAAGAAGGUUCAGGAAAAGUAUCCUAAUAUGAGGACAAUAACAGUGACCAACAGCAGUAACCCAGACAGCCACUACAACUGCACACUGAGAAAUGCAGUGAGUGUGGAGACCAGUGAUCCAGUGUAUUUAAAAGAUCUGUUUCAUGCAGAUUCAAAGACAGGAAUUGUCAUCGCAAUCAUCAUUGGCUCUAUUAUUUUUAUCGGUGUGGUGGUUACUGCCAUUUGGGGUCUUGCUGCUCACCGUGAGAAACGAAAGCAUUCCAGGAUGCAAAUCGUCAAGAGGAUCUCCUUUCCCUUUUUGUCUAGUCAUCAGCGCUAAAUCCCACUGAAACAACUGAAGCUCCUAACCAUCUGUGCCUUCAUAAUGUUGACUGUUGCUUUUGGCCCUCUCUGUCUCCUGGACCUCGUUGAUGGUGUUGGAAUUUCAUGCUUUGGUUCUGAAUACUAUGUUACAAAUGCAAAUAGCAUACUUAGUUUUCAAGGAGGAACAAUGAGAAUCUCAUCCUGGCACCAAGCGAGAGUUUUGCAUGCGUGGCUGAUUGUGUAGAAAUAAACACCUACUAAAAAUGUCCAUUAUAUUAAGCAAAACAUAAAAGACAUAUAGACUUGAAAUGUUAUAUGAAAACUAAGGCACAGAGAGUUGUGCCUUCAGGGAAAUAUGAACAGCAACACAUGUAUAUGAAACAUCUAAGCUAUUAUCAAUUUAACAUCUCUGUUUUACAUAACACAUUAGUUUGUAUUGUGCAAUAGGUUGCAGUUUAAAUAAAUGUCAGAAAAUAUG